UAUAAAAAAAAGCGAUUGUAAAUACGUCAUUGCGAAGUUAUUCUCAGCUGGCGGCAUUUUAGAAGAUGUUCGGAUACACAACGUCGAAUGGCGCUCGUAACCCGCCUACGUAGUGCAUAUGAGUAAGAAAAUAUUUUCUGAAAAGUGUUCUGUUCUAAAUGUUAGAAUUUGUUUUGGGUAGUUAGCCUUAUCUAUUUUCUGGUUAAACAAAAUGGUUUUGAAGCAGACAGCUUUAGGAACUUCGGGUCCAGAAUUUGGAGCACAAACGUUUUUUGCCCGAAGCCAUGCAGCAGAGAUGUGUGGCAGUAACGGCCUUCCUUUGACCCCAAAUUCCAUAACAAUAUAUGGUCGUGCUCAAAUAUUGAAAACAUUAGAUCACCCAAAUCUGUGUUCUUACUUAGACGUAAUUCGGGGAAAGCAUGAAAGAACCAUACUUGUAUCACAUUAUAACUCCCCUUUGACCAUCAAUAAGUUUGAGGUAAAUGAAAUUAUAAAAUUUAUUUAUCAAAUGCUAUCGGCAUUGGAUUAUUUAAAUAAAUUUGGCAUUGUUCACCGUAACUUGAAUCCAGGAAAUAUAUUGUUUGCAGAAGAUGAAAAUUUUAAACUCUUCAACUACGGACUAUAUUUCAUGACCGGGUGUGGCCAAGAUGUUAAGUUUCCGAUUGGCCACCCUAAAUAUUUGGCUCCAGAAGUGUAUGCAGCUGGUUUAUUUGCAAAGUCUGGUCCAAAAGUAGAUGUGUGGGCAGUUGGCCUAAUUGCAGCAGAGUUAGCUUUGGGUAAGGAGUUUUGGGCAGGUUUGAAGUUGUCACAGUGGAUGAAGAAGAUACUUAAUUUUCUGCAUGUGGGGGAAAGAGCAUUUGAAAGUCUUUUGGAAGAACAUGCUUGUUCAGCACUUUGGCAACAGCUUCCUUCGGAUAUCCAAGACUUUGUCAUGUCAUGUUUGAGAGUGUCGCCUAAGCAACGUCUCUUACCGAAAGAUCUUCUUAGACAUAAAGUAUUUGAGUCACCGUUGUACCCUAGCUUGAGCGACCGAACAGUGGUAAAGGUGAGUAAUGCUAGUCUAGGCAAUGGGAAAAGAGCACGAGUAUUGCUCUUUGAAAGGAAACCGCAAGAACUGUAUUAUCUGUGGCAGUUAGCUGGUGGUGAUGUGCAGUCUGAGCUUAAAAAACAAGGUCUCAUUCGCACUAAGGCACCAAUUCUCAACAUGCCAGACCUGGUACUCUUGGAAGGCACAGUUUUUGGUAUUGCUAGAGAUCAGACGAUGAUGCUUGAUCUCAGAGUUGUCAAGCUUUCUUUGGCUAGCCUUUACCAGAGAUUAGAGCAUCUACCACCUCAUACAUUUUUUCCCUUGAUUGAAAUCAAGUCCAAUAUAAUUCAGACUGAAGAGCUAUUGGAUGCAGCCUCGCUGCCUUUGGUGAUACGUGAGCGGGACACUGAAUACCAGUUUCACAGAGUGGUUUUGUACGACAGACUGUUAAAAUGUUACCCGUAUAAAAAAGCUACCAUCGUGAAAGAGGCUGCCAAAGACAUCCCACCAUUCGUGAGAGGAGACACUUGGGCUGCUUUGUUGGGCAUAGCAGGGGACGUGCUGAACACUUACAUCGACAUAGACAAGGAAACUCCGACGCACACGGACCGCCAGAUCGAAGUGGACAUACCCAGGUGCCAUCAGUACGAUGAGCUCCUCUCCUCCAGCGAAGGCCACAGGAAGUUCAAGCGAGUGCUGAAAGCGUGGGUCGUCAGCCACCCGCAGUACGUUUACUGGCAAGGGUUGGACUCCCUGUGCGCGCCGUUCCUGUACCUGAACUUCAACAAGGAGCACCAGGCGUACGCCUGCCUCUCGGCGUUCAUCCCGAAGUACCUCCACAACUUCUUCCUCAAGGACAACUCGGCAGUGAUCCAGGAGUACCUGGCCAAGUUCUCCCACCUGAUAGCGUUCCACGACCCGGCCCUGGCGAACCACCUGGCCGGCAUCGGCUUCGUCCCGGAGCUGUUCGCGAUCCCGUGGUUCCUCACCAUGUUCUCGCACGUGUUCCCGCUGCACAAGAUCCUGCACCUGUGGGACCGGCUGCUGUUGGGCGACGCGUCCUUCCCGCUGCACGUGGGCGUGUCGCUGCUGCACCAGCUGCGAGACACGCUGCUGGCCUCCGGCUUCAACGAGUGCAUCCUGCUGUUCUCGGACCUGCCCGAGGUGGACAUGGAGCGCUGCGUGCUGCGCGCGGCGGAGCUGUACGAGCGGACCCCGCGCAGCGUCACGUACCGCCAGCACGAGCUGGGCGCGGGCGCCGGCGGGAGCGACCUGGGCAUGGGCCCCGUGCCGCUGGCGGAGCUGCGGGCGGAGCUCGUCCCGAGGAUCAGCGCGGCGGACGUCCUGCUCCUGAUGGACCACGAGCGCGGGGACCUGCCCCGCAUGGAGGUGGCCCUGGCGGACGUGCGGCCCGGGGAGGAGUUCCGCAGGGGCGCCAUCGCGGGCAGCCUCAGCGUGCCGCCCGGGGCCGGCCCCUGCGCGCUGAGGCCCCACCGGGGCAAGGUCAUCGUGGUGGUGGGCUCGGACGAGACGAGGGGUGUGGCCACGGAGUUCUCCCGGCAGCUGGUGGCCGCGGACUUCCCCCACGUGUGUGUCCUCCACAGGGGCAUCCAGGCGAUGCGCUCCGCCAAUGUCCUCGUGGUGCAGAGCGCCCUGUAGCACGGCAGGCGCUUGUCAAGAAGCAACCUGCAAGUUGGAACAUGCUAUGCGACGGCUUCUUUGUGAAGAACUUUCACGACACACAUUUGUGAUAUUUUUUGUGUUGUUCACUAUUUAUUAUACAUAUUAAUAUAUAAAUAUUUCUAGCCAAAGUGUAGUGUUUUAUAACAUAUUUAAAUUUAUUAAAUGUUAUCUUGGGAGUGAA